ACUUUCUCGGAAGGCUGAUCUGGAAGAAACCAAGGCUCACAAGGAAGGUAUUACUAGCUUGCAUCGCACUGAAGAACCACUAUAUAUAGGGGACUUGGGAUUGUUCAGAGAAAUUAUCUCAAGACAUACUUCUCUGGAUCCAUCUCUGUUCAAUAGUGAUUCAUUCUCCACGAGAAGGAAGCUAGUCUCUGUACUACACCAUGGAGAACAACAGCAACAACCAGCCGCCUCCAGGGUACCCGACGGCAGCGGGAGCAGCUGAGCAAGGCGGGAAGAAAUCGCGGCGAGGAAGCACCAAGUCUAGGGGAGACAAAGGCUUCAUUGAAGGAUGUAUUGCUGCGCUGUGCUGCUGCUGGAUCUGCGAGAUGUGCUGCGACUAAGCCAGCACACAUACGAUUAUACGUACAUACAGAGUUAAUACACAGCCAGUGGUAUGUACGUGAUGCGUGAGACGACGCUCGAUCGCUGUGCUAUAUAUGUACUGUGUGUAUGUAUCAGUGUAUGAUCAUUAAAACCAGUUGUUUCUCACCGAGUUUGUUUUUUAUCCGAGGGACUCGACCAUCAGAAUAACUGAAGAAAUUACUAUAGCUACGUGUGCCGUGUGAUAGAAAUUUUUCAUGUAUACUGCGUCUUGUGUUUGGUACGGCUUCGUGUGAUUCAUUCACUUAAAUUAUCACCUUUUGUGUUUUACUACCACUAUUCCAGUGCAACAUCGUCUUUUGUUUUUCU